CCUAAAAAGCCUUUGAAGCAGUCUCUGCUACUCAGCUGAACCUUUAAAUCUCAGACAUAAACUUUUGCUGGAUUGCUUGCGUUUAAAGUUUCCAAUUCUUGUUUUUUUAUUUUAAAGUGCCAGAAACGCCUACAACCCAAAAUGCUGCCCGCAACUUUUAAACUGUGCGCUGGCAUCUCCUAUAGGCACACGAGGAACAUGACAAGUCUAAGAACAAAUGCACUGGCAGCCAUCCAUCAUGAACUGAACAGGCUGGCAGGUCCAGGCCCUAGUAACUGGAUCAGCCAAGUCCGACGAAGCUCUCUCCUUAGUUCUCGGAUUCAGGAGGAGGAGGAAUACAAUGAGGAAGAGAUGUCAUAUGUGAAGCAAGGUGAAAAUGCACUGCAGAAAGCCAUCAGCAUCCUCAGUGAGCAGGAUGGUUGGACUGUGGAAACUGUAGCUGCAAAUGGAGAUAAGGUUCUGAGCAAAGUCUUGCCAGACAUUGGGAAAGUGUUCAAACUGGAAGUGGUGCUGGAGCAACGUCCUGACAACCUUUAUGAAGAGCUUGUGGAAAAAAUGGAGCAAAUGGGAGAAUGGAACCCCAAUGUCAAACAAGUCAAAAUUCUUCAAAAGAUUGGACAGGACACCAUGGUUACCCAUGAAGUGUCAGCAGAGACGCCAGGCAAUGUAGUGGGACCGAGAGACUUUGUGAGUGUUCGCUGUGCCAAACGUCGAGGCUCCACCUGUUUCCUGGCUGGAAUGUCCACUCAGCACCCAAAAAUGCCAGAGCAGAAAGGUGUAGUCAGAGCCGAGAAUGGGCCUACCUGUAUAGUGAUGAAGCCUUGUGCUGAAGACCCAAAUAAGACAAAGUUCACCUGGUUGCUGAGUCUAGAUCUAAAGGGCUGGAUCCCAAAGACAAUCAUAAACAAAGUGCUCUCUCAGACGCAGGUGGACUUUGCCAACCACCUCAGAAACAGGAUGGCUAAUAAUGUUUCCAUGGAGAUGGCUUACGCCUGCUGACACAAAAUGCUGCUUGAGCAAACUAAAAGAGAAACCUCUGUUCAUCGAUAUUCUUAUCUAAAUCUGCUUAGAGCCACUGAAAAAGUAGACACUCUUACUUAGUUUUAACGAGAUCCCGAGAAGAUUGUGCUGAAAUUUUGAGAAACUCUUAGCCCUCUUAUGAAACAGAUAUUUAGUAAUAAAAGAUAAUCACAACAUUAUUGCUGAUGAGAUUUGUACCUAAACAAUUUCAAAAAAUAUAUUUUACCCUAAAUAUGUGCACUGUGUGCACUUCUGCCUGUUAUUGGUAGCUCCCUGGUAAAGAAGAGAGUUUUAAUAUCUGACCUGCUAAAAAAAUGUAUGAUCACCAUCUUAAAACACAAUUUAGGAAUACUUAGAUUUUCCAAAGCAAAGCAGAUAUAUUCAGAUUUAGUAAAAACGUUUUGCACUUAACAUUUAAUGGACUAUACAUUUAAAAAAUGGAAGCACUGAAGAGGUGUGCACUAGAUGCCAAAAACAGUCUACACCAAGUGACUGUUGUUUUUAUGAGCUGCUAUACUAAAACAGGCCUUUUGGUAAUUUUAAGUCUUACCCAGUGUUUGGUGUUUGAAUUGUAUAUUACAUAUUUAAAGAAGUGGAGGCUCCUGAUAGUCAUGGCAUUUACCCCCUUACCAAAUACACAUAUAAUAUUUCUUUAAAGACCCAUCUGUCACCCCUUGAAGAUGAGUCUCUAUCAAUAUCAACCUAAUUAAUUCCCUGCCCCCAUUGUGAAAUUGCACUCUUGUUUCUGCACGUUAUUUAUUGAUUUUGCAUAGCCACAUGACAUUACAGCGACUGCUGGGUGUCACUGAUAUCUAUGCUAUCAGAGAAAAAGCUUAAAAAUGAUUUUAAUGUAUUGGAUCAGAACUGGAAUAAAAUCUUGUUGAACAUG